CACCACAUAAACACAUGCACGACUGCGUCCAGUGUCAUCGCAGUUCGUGUCGGCGGCGGGUAAAUAUGUCUAUGUUUCCGGCUGAAAUCACGGCACAUAAGUUUAAGUGUCUGUGAGAACUGAAGGCACAAUAGCGGUUACGUGUGGACAGGGAGGGCUGCACGAAUCAAACGGAGGAACACGAGCGAACGCUUGUUUCACACAGCUUGCUAAAGAAGAAGCAGGAAGCGGACUGGAGCUGCUCACCUGAACCGUACCGUAUGGAAGACUGCAUUGGACGUUCACAGGAGGCAAAGGAUCUGUUUUUACCAAGUAACCGUGCCUGAAAACUGCCCUGUGUUUUUGGAGUUCAACCUGAGACACAAACUCUUCUCUUCAUCGGUUUCCGUGAAGCCAACAUUGGAGGACUGCGUCCGACAUUCCAUCCCGGUUUGUUGGAAUAAUCAACUGUAAAGAUGCAGCAUCCUCUUCCUCCCAUGAUGGAGCCUACUGAGAAAUAAGAUACUCUGGAGACAGCAGGUUCCCAUGGUUUGGCACCAGAACAUUCUCUGCUAUGCCUCCCGCCAAGACAGAUCAGCUAGACUUGUGGGCGGAGUCAGGGCUGGAUGGAGACGACCAGGUUAUGGUGGACUUCCUUUUGCCCACUGGAGUCUACAUCCAGAUGGAGGUUCCUCGAGAGAGCACCAUUCAACACAUCAAACUGCUGUUAUGGAAGGAGGCACAGACAUACCCUCUCUUCUCGCUCCUGGGGGAGAUGGAGAGUCACAUGUUCGAGUGCGUGAACCAGGCAGCAGUGCACGAGGAGUUGGAGGACGAGACCAGGCGUCUAUGUGACGUGCGGCCAUUCCUGCCAGUCCUCAAACUGAUCACACGAAACUGUGGACGUGCAGAACGCCUGCUGGAUUCUAAGAUUGGAGUACUUAUUGGGAAAGGUCUACACGAGCUGGAUGCCUUGCAAGAACAGGAAGUGAAGGACUUUCGUUCCAAAAUGAAGCGAAUCAGUGAAGAGAAAAUGCAGCGCAUGCAGAUGAUGUCAUGGGGGGAGUGGCUUCGGAGCUUUUACGCCCCGCAGGUGGAGGCAGGGUCACUGGAGAAUUUGAUUGACAAGCAUGAGGGUGGGAUCAAAAUCACCAUGCACUACGACCAGUCACAGGACACGGCCAGUCUGAAAGUGUCAUUGCAUUGUACAGUGACUGAACUAAUGGAUCAGGCUCUCAAGAAAUGGCAGACCACUCACAGCCCAGAGGAAGACAUUGGCCCCCGGAGCGAUUAUGUGUUGCGUGUCAGCGGCAUACUUGAGUUCCUGUUCGAAGAUCUCCCUCUCAAUCAGUACAAAUACAUUAGGACUUGUUUGUUGGCCAGUGAGAUCCCUCACUUGACAAUGGUCCACUGCAGGAUCAUGAAAGCCAUGUUUGAGAAGGAAAUCUGCACCAUCGGAUCAGUACUGGCACGAAAGAUGUCGAACCCACCUCUACCGCUGCCCCCGAAGAAGAGAGGCCCAAUGCAGUUGCAUACGUGUGUUUGGAAGGUUCAAUCUAUGUUCAGAAUUAAUCUUAUGAAAGGCAUCAAGGUGAACGCUGAAGAUGCUGCUAAGAUCCAGGUUCGAGCUGGGCUGUUUCACGGUACAGAGCUCUUGUGUAAGACGGCGGUCAGCAGUGAGAGCAGCAGUCGAUCUGAACACGUGUGGAAUAAAACACUGGAGUUUGAAAUCCCUGUUUGUGACCUGCCACGUAUGGCACGUCUCUGCUUCGCCAUUUAUGCCGUAAUGGACAAAGUGAAGAAACAGAGAUCCACCAAAAACACACACCUGAAUAAAUACCAGACCAUCCGCAAGGCAGGGAAAGUGCACUAUCCAAUAGCAUGGGUGAACACAAUGGUGUUUAACUAUAGAGGACACCUUAAGACUGGUGACAUUAUCCUGCACUGCUGGUCCUCUUUCCCUGAUGAGCUGGAAGAGAUGUUGAACCCCAUUGGGACGAUUCAAACCAAUCCCUACACAGAGAAUGCCACAGAACUACACAUAAGCUUCCCAGAAUACUCGACACAACCAGUUGUAUUUCCCCCUUUUGACAAGAUCCUGGAAAAAGCUGCAGAAAUCGUUGGAGCCAAUGACUCCAUGACAAUGGGUCGUGGGGGCAAAAAGUUUUACAUCGAGCUAAAGGAGAUCAUGGAACGAGACCCUCUCUCUCAGUUGUGUGAGAAUGAGAAAGAUCUGAUCUGGACGCUCCGCUACGACUGUCGAGAAAACUUCCCUCAGUCUCUUCCCAAACUGCUGCUGUCAGUCAAAUGGAGCAAACAUGAAGACAUGGCUCAACUGCAGGCCCUGCUGCAGAUUUGGCCCAAGCUGAGCCCUCGAGAUGCUCUAGAACUGCUGGACUUCAACUAUCCUGACCAGUAUGUCAGAGAAUUUGCAGUGAAAUGCCUUAGAGAUAUGAGUGAUGAUGAGCUGUUGCAGUAUUUGCUACAGCUUGUGCAGGUGUUGCGCUAUGAGCCGUACUAUGACUGUGCCCUCAGCCGGUUCCUCCUGGAGCGCGCUCAGAACAGCCGCAAGAUCGGUCAUUUCCUCUUCUGGCAUCUCAGGUCUGAGAUGCACAUGUCAGCCGUAUCUGUUCAUUUCGCUCUUAUUUUGGAAGCGUACUGCCGAGGCAGCAUCCCACACAUAGAAGUUCUCAAAAAACAGGUUGAAGCUGUCAGUAAGCUGAAAGCAGUGAAUGAGCUGAUUAAACUGGGCACCAUAAAAACAAAGAACAAGACAAAAGAAGCUCAUCUUAAAGAGGCCAUGAUGACGUGCCUUAGGCAGACGGGUUUUAUUGAGACACUUUCUGACCUGUACUCUCCCCUCAAUCCUAACAUUCUGCUCGCUGGAGUCAAUGUGGAGAGAUGCAGGUAUAUGGACUCUAAAAUGAAACCCCUCUGGAUUGUUUACAAUAACAAGCUUCUGGGAGGAGAUACACUGGGGAUCAUCUUCAAAAAUGGAGAUGACCUGAGACAGGACAUGUUGACUCUACAGAUCUUGAGGUUGAUGGACCUGCUGUGGAAGGAGGCCAAUCUGGACCUCAGAAUUGUGCCUUAUGGUUGCUUGGCAACAGGAGAUCAUUCAGGUCUGAUUGAGGUGGUCUCUUCAGCCGAUACAAUCGCUAACAUCCAAAAAACAAGCAGCAACAUGGCCGCCGCGGCCGCCUUCAAUAAAGACGCUCUGUUGAACUGGCUCAAAGACAAAAACUCUGGUGAUGCUUUGGACAAAGCCAUUGAGGAGUUCACGCUAUCGUGUGCCGGUUAUUGUGUCGCCACCUACGUCUUGGGCAUUGGUGAUCGCCAUAGUGACAACAUCAUGGUUCGCAGUACAGGUCAGCUCUUCCACAUAGACUUUGGACAUAUCCUGGGAAACUUCAAGUCAAAGUUUGGAAUCAAGCGUGAACGCGUACCUUUCAUCCUCACCCACGACUUCAUCCAUGUGAUUCAACAGGGCAAAACUGGCAAUACUGAGAAAUUUGGAAAUUUUCGGCAGUACUGCGAGGAGGCCUAUCUGAUUCUGAGGAGGAAUGGAAAUCUCUUCAUCACACUGUUUGCUCUCAUGCUCACAGCAGGCCUGCCGGAGCUCACAUCUGUUAAAGAUAUCCAGUAUUUAAAGGACUCGCUGGCUUUAGGUAAAACUGACGAGGAGGCCCUCAAACAGUUCCGGCAGAAGUUUGAUGAGGCUCUGAGGGAAAGUUGGACGACAAAAGUCAACUGGAUGGCUCACAACGUGGCUCACCCUUCCUAACCCAACCAAACACACACAUUUGGCUCCAAACUGAAGUCAGGGUACACCAGGAAAUGUGAAACCGCUUAUUUAUGAUCUACAAUAUACAACAAUAUUCGGUCAAAACCGAUGGAUGUGAAUGAUUGGAAGCAUCUUCAGUUUGUUGUAGAUAUCGACAGUAGGAACCUAAAACUCAGCUUCUACAUUUUGUUGAAUAUAUAAACUGCUUUUGACCACCAUGGGACCAUACGAAAUCCUGGUGGAACCAGAUGUUAUGGCCUUAAAGAGGGAACGAAGUAGAGAACUUAUUCCUUUCUGUCCUCUGCUAAAAAUCUGUAAACCAUAUUUAACUCAAGGCUGCCCUUACUGAGAGAAACAGGGAAGUUUUGAACCACGUGAUUCAGUCUGUUCUCUGAUAGGACAAGGCAGUUUUGGGCUUUCCAGAAUCGAUGAGAUAUCGAUGUACAGCCUUGUUGAUGUACUGGGACUCACAAACUUUUACCAAUCAGAGCUCAUGCUCAGAGGAAGUGCAUCUUAUCUGACCAAUCCGACAUGGGGUUAACGUGUGCCUCACUGCUCAAGAAACAUUUUGACUUUCUGUAUUGUUUGUAACUGUAUGUGCCAUACUACUUUAUUUUGAGAAAUAAUCUUCAAAACACUGGAAUCAUGCUAUAGAUAUAAAUAUUUUAUGGGUUUUAAGUGUUUUAAUGGUUAAGCAUUGUUCCUAAAUGCCAUAGUGCUACUUAUUAUUAAAGUACAUAUUGCUGUAAUCAAAAAUUAUAGGGAGGGUGCACACAGAUCAUCACUAAGGAUCAUUAUUGAACAAACACUGUCAACAUAGAGGGUCUUCCCCAAUGUCCCCCCUCUCCUCUCUUCAUAGCAAGCAAUUGUACUGCAUCAUAGUUAAACCUUUAAUUGAAUGGUAUUGUGCACAGAAAUAGCCAAUUCUGUUGCCUUUUUUAAUAUGGGUUUUACCCAUACAUAUCAAAACUUGUGAUUGAAGCUGCCCGUUUAGUUAAAAAUUCAACACAAAAGACAUAGACAACCAAAAAUGUGGUGGAGGUCAAAGUCUAGUUGUCAUGUCCGAUUCUACUGAUAGUAAUCACUGAUGUUUGCCUGUAUUUUAAAGAACAUACAGUAAUAAUCAUAGCUUUCUACUACUGAUAACAUGCUUUGUGCCUCUAUUGCUGCUUGUAUUUUUGGCAGUGUAACUGGAGAUGUAUAGAUGCACGGUGCAUGUUAUUUGGACACUGAGAAAGAGAGAGAGAUCGAGAGAUCGAGAGAGAGAGAGAGAGAGAGAGAGAGAGAGAGAGAGAGAGUGUGUGUGUGUGUGUGUGUGUGUGUGUGUGUGUGUGUGUGUGUGUGUGUGUGUGUGUGUGUGUGUGUGUGUGUGUGUGUGUGUGCGUGCGUGCGUGCGUGCGUGCGUGCGUGCGUGCGUGCGUGCGUGCGUGCGCGCGAGAGAGAGAGAAAAUGAAAAGAUGUACUGUGAUAUAAUGAGAUUAUUAAAAGCAAUGCAAAGAUUCUAGGACCAACAUUCAGAGAACUAUUUAUGCAUUUCCUGUGCUGUGAUGGUAUAUGAGAAUGUAAGAUAUAGAUUUGUGUCUAAAGUAAGAUUUUAUAAUCAAGUAUGUAAAACUUGAAUGUCUAUGGCCCCGAUAUAUAGGAUGUUUUGAUGCCUCUCUUUGACCUGGUGCAAUAUGCAAAUGUAAUGUACAAUUUUAAACUACUAUGAGUGUGUGUGCGCGCGCUCAUGCUGCUGUAUGUUACACUGCUGAUCUUUGAUUUCACUGAAACUUCUAAUACAGGCUUUGCUCUGUCUUGCCCAUUUUAUAGAAAAACGAUUAAAGUUGUUUACUUUCAUGCAGUGUUGUAGUCACAACCACCUAAACCAAGACCAGAGUGUAUCGAGACCAAGUCAAGACCAAACCAGUGCGAGUCCCACUUACGAUAAAAUGUGGAACAUGCAAACCAUAGGCAUUUCUCAAAUUGGUCUGAAAGAUCCACAUUCCCAUGAAAUCACCCACAGAAAGCAAAUGAAGAUUCCUCUUCAUUCACCUCUUUUUUUUAAUAUAUAUAUAUAUAUAUAUACAAACACACUGGCAGCCAAAAGAUAGGAAUAAUGUACAGAUUAACAUUGUCCUUGUGUUUGUUUUUGAGUUGCCACAGUAUGCAAUAGACUGGCAUGUCUUAAGGUCAGUAUUAGGUAAAAAAUGGCAAAAAAGAAACAGCUUUCUCUAGAAACUCAUCAGUCAAUCAUUGUUUUGAGGAAUGAAGGCUAUACAAUGCUUUAAAUUGCCCAAAAAAAAUUAUUCAUACAAAGGUGUACACUACAAAGACAAAGGACAACUGGCUCUAACAAGGACAGAAAGAGAUGUGGAAGACCAGAUGUGCAACUAAACAAGAGGAUAAGUACAUCAGAGUCUCUAGAUUGAGAAAUAGACGCCUCACAUGUCCUCAGCUGACAGCUUCAUUGAAUUCUACCCGCUCAACACCAGUUUCAUGUACAACAGUAAAGAGAAGACUCAGGGGUGCAGGACUUAUGGGAAGAAUUGCAAAGAAAAAGACACUUUUGAAACAGAAAAACAAAAAGAAAUGUAUAGAGUGGGCAUCAUAAUAUUUUUCCAUUUAACUCUAGCACAUAAACUCUAUGUUGAUACAUCAAAUGUCGUGAAAACUGGUUUGGAAACACUUUGUCGAGAAAAUUGGCAAUAAUGCUAAAAUGUAGUGUCACGUGACAGAAUUUGCCCCAAUCGUUAGCCUGUGUUAAUCAUGAUGACAGUAUACAUCCUAAAAAACUGUUUAUUGUACAUGAUUAUGGAUUGAUUUUAACGGCAUAUAGAUCUGAUGCUGCAAACACACACUUCCAUGAGUGCCAACACAAAUAUCUCAUUCAUGCUUUUUAACACUAGCCCAAUUCUGACAUUAUUGUUUA